CUGAUUAAGAAAAAUUGUGCCCGAUUAGGAUAGCGAUCGCAAAGAAGAAAAUUCGAUGGAAGGAACAACUCCCGUUAUGGAUGAUGAAAAAAUGUUAUCUUCUAUAUCAAGUACCUGCCAGGCUCUAACUCAGGUACCAUCCACCGUUAUAAAGUCAUUGGGCCGUUUGUUACUUACUUCGGCAAAACGGGAUAUCAGUUUAAAGGAACAUUGCAAAGGUGCAAAUCUCGAAUAUUUCAAGUUCCCAGAUUCUUUAUGCGCAUGCCUAGUUCAGAUUUCCAAUGGCGUUUGCGAGGCGUUUGAUGCAGCACACAGGAGCAUGGAACGUAUUUCCGUGAAAUCUGGACACAUUGCUACCGAUGCGAAAUCGGCAUUGCAGUUAAUGGAGAAAGGCGAGUAUCAGGAAUGGGAAAUGGCCCUGCAUUUUCUUGAGAGCGCUAAAGAAAGUUGCCUGGAAUGUGUGGACAAAGCCGCUCCGGUAACGGAAGAAUUUGAAAAAAUCGGGAAAACUAUAGACGAGCUUAACGUAGUCCUCACUGCAUUGAAGGGAAAAAACGAGGAGGAAGAAAGGUCAACAAGAAAAAAAAUUGAGGCAACUCGUAAAGAGAAGGAACGGAUCACGAAGAGAAAAAAGAAUCUUGACGAAAGGUGCGAUAAGGCGAAAGAAGAAUGCAAAGAUGCAGCUGCAACUUGUCCAUCACCUUGGAAAACUAUGCUUUUUAAAUUUCUUGAUGGCAUCACACCUUUCGCAAUCAAUCUCGCAACAGAAUUAUUUAAGCAAAAAGUCAUGCCACUGCCACAGUUUUCAACGCCCACUUUGGAACUGGGAAUGGGUGAAGGGUUUUUCACAGAAACACCAAAGAACAUGCCUGAAAAAAGAAAGAGAGAAAAGAAGGAAGAGUAUGAUAAAUGCACCAUAAUUCGCAAAAAAGCUAAACAAGGGCUUCAAGAAUCAACGAGAAAGGCCUCUAAAGACCUUGAGAAAUUUAAUCAAGAGAUCAACGACUUGAAUAAUGUUAAACACGCUCUGGAAGAGAGUAUCGCGCAGCUUCUUAAGAUUAAAGAAUUUUGGAAGCAAUUGAAGAUUAUGUUUCAAAGCUUUCAUGAUUUAAUUAAAGAUGAACUUGAGAAAGAAGUGAACAAGACCUUAGAGGCCGGCAGAAAAGCUAUGCAAACGAACAAAGAUAGCCAGAAAAUACCAGAUAUGACGCGCAAGAUGAUCAUUGAUAAUUCCAAAAACGCCAUAAAAGUUGCUUUUGUGGUAAAAUGGAUCUCAAGAUUCUACGUUGAAGUUUCGAAUAAGUAUUUACUGGGUCGAGUGAAUGCCUUGCAAAGUAUCACUUUUUUGAGAUCAAGUAGCGACUAUGCAAGGAUGGAGGAAGUUUUGAGAAAAUUGGAGGAAGAUGCAGAGGAAGCUGAGAGGGGAAUUCCGAUAAUUGCUGAAGAAAGAAAAAAAGAUCUGAGAAAUGAGUUAUCUCAACAUCAAUUUAAGCAUAGUUCAGAUAACAUGUGACGAUUUGAAAAAGAUUUGAAACAGCGCACAAAAAUUCUACCUUUUAUAAUAUAUACUGCAACUAAAAUAUUAUUUUGUUGCAUGGUACGCUUGCAUGCAUGGAAAUUAAUAUAUACUCGAUUUUUACAAUAAUCGAAGAUGCUCUAAUAUUGUUGUGAGGCACAGUGUCACGUAGUUUAAUUAAAUAUUGUUUUGCAUCACUUUAUUUUAACCACAUUUAACUAUACAUUUGAAAUCAACAGUCUUCAUAUAUGCAAUUUAUAUGCAUAG